AUGGCCACCAAAACACCUGACCGUCGUGGCCAUUGCCUCCAGGUUUUCAGAGGGACCUUCAUUCACUCCACAGACACGUCCCCAUUGGAGAGCUUGGAUCCUUGUAUUCUGGGAGUGAACGAGGUGGGGAAGAUUGUUUUCAUUGACACUGUGGAUAAAGAAGAAGAAUUGUCGGAGAAGUGGCAUUUCAAGAGAGAGACGAUCAGAGUGCUUCGGCCAAGGCAGGAGUUCUUUAUCCCAGGACUGGUUGACACCCACAUCCAUGCCUCCCAAUAUCCCAAAAUGGGAUCUUGCCUGGAUUUACCAGUUCUUCAAUGGUUAGUCAAAUAUACCUUUCAUGUUGAAGCCAGAUUCAAAGACCUGAAGUUUGCAGAAGAUAUCUAUACCAAAGUAGUGGAGAAAACGCUGAGAAAUGGUACAAUUACUGCAUGUUACUUUGCAACCAUCCACACUGACUCAUCUUUAAAACUUUGUGACAUCAUUGAUAGAUUUGGCCAGCGAGCUUUUGUGGGUAAGGUCUGCAUGGACAUUAAUGACCUUUUCACCAAGUACAAAGAAACUACAUGUGAAUCUGUGAAGGAGGCAGAAAGAUUCAUUGCUGAACUGAGCAAGCGGAAGUACUCUUUGGUCAGACCCAUUAUAACUCCCCGUUCUGCACCUUUCUGCACCUCGAUACUACUGAAACAAUUGGGAUCAAUCGCAAGCACUAACAACGUGCACAUCCAGAGUCACAUUAGUGAAUCUUGCUCUAAGGUGGACCUUGUGCAAAAAUUGUUUGCUACAUGCAAGGAUUAUUCGGACGUUUAUCACACACAUGGUCUUCUGACUGAUAAGACUAUCAUGGCUCACGGAACCUACCUCUCUGAUAAGGAGCUCAAACUCUUCCAGCGAAAAGGAGCAGGCAUUGCGCACUGUCCAAAUUCUAAUACAUGCUGUGCCAGUGGCUUAAUGGAUGUACGAAAUGCUCUGAAUCACAAAGUAAAUGUGGGACUGGGAAUAGAUGUUUCAGGUGGUUACUCGCCUUCAGUGCUUGAUGCUGUGCAGAGAGCGAUUGAUGUGUCCAAUAUUCUGAGCUUAAACUCUCUAGGUUACGAGAAGCUAUCGUACAAGGAAGUGUUCAGACUUGCAACCCUUGGUGGCAGUAAAGCUUUGGGCCUCGAUGAACUGACAGGAAACUUUGAAGUGGGAAAGGAUUUCGAUGCUGUCCUAAUCAACACAAGCGUCCCAAGUUCUCCGUUUGAAGUGUUCCCCAAGGACACCCUGAUGGCAGCAGGAAGCUCGGGGUCAGCCCUGUGGACUGAACAGAGCUGGUCGAUUAAGAGAUUAUCCAUGGAGGAGAUCACAUUAUUGACACCAAACACAAUACGCUGGAUUAGAAGAAGCGUGAGUGAAUUACUGGUUCACCUGGAAGGACUAUUUGGGAAGGUACAAGGAGAUGACUGGAACAUUGCAGAGGUCUAUGUGGCUGGCAAGCAAGUGUUUCCUUUUCCCAAAGCCUAGUUUAACAAUCAUAGCAAACACAGUGCUCCUUGACAUGGAUUGAUGGGUAAUCCAACCAAUCACAGCAAGCCUCUGGUA